AUGGUCAUUAGGAGUCCACGACUAACUAUUCGUCAAGAUGUUUUUGAAGCUGGUAUAAGCAAAAGCAGUUAUCAAAUAGCUAUGAAGCAACUUGGUUUUAAACCAUAUCAUCCAACUUUAGUAGUAGGCCUUAAUGAAGACGAUUUUGAUCGUCGCAGUGAAUUCUGUGAGAUAUGGCUCGAAAAAUUCGAAAAUAAUCACGAUUUAGUCGACCUUAUAUUCGGGAGCGAUGAAGCCGCAUUCCGUAUGAAUACAACUGUUAAUCGACAUAAUUGUACUUACUGGGCUAGGGAAAAUCCACAUUUAAGGUUUGAGGUACCAAAUAUGAAAGAAGGGGUUAUGGUAUGGUGUGGAAUGACUUCCAAUGGACUUGUCGAACCCUAUUUUUUUAACGAUACUGUUACUGGUCCACUAUACAAAGAAAUGCUGGUUAAACGUGGUCCAUUUGACUGGCCAGCGCGCUCACCGGACUUAACACCAUGUGAUUUCUUCCUUUGGGGAUAUUUAAAAGACAUUGUAUUUCAAAACCCGCCUGCUACAAUUAUUGAACUUAAACAAAGGAUUGAAGAAGCGUGUAAACAACCCAUGUAA